CGCUAACAAAAAUAGUAGAACUGUGAAAUGAAAACGGAGAAGGAAAGGUAAGUCGACUAGAAAAGGGGGCGCUGAGAGAGGCCUUGUUGCUAAUCGGAUCGAAGAUGAAGCAUUUGGUUGCGUCUGUUUUUCUUCUGAUUCAUUCUUUGCUCUUAAAUUUUUCGGCUUUUUCUUCCGCUCAGCCUUUCUCGGUGGAUGGGACGGUGUUGGAAUUGGAUGAAUCCAACUUCGACUCCGUGAUAUCGACCUUCGACCUUGUCUUCGUUGACUUCUACGCUCCCUGGUGCGGUCACUGCAAGCGUCUCUCUCCCGAGUUGGAUGCUGCUGCCCCUGCACUUGCUGCCUUGAAGGAACCCAUUGUCAUUGCAAAAGUAAAUGCAGACAAGUUUACCAGCCUUGCAAAAAAAUAUGACGUUGACGCAUAUCCUAGCCUUAUGCUGUUCAGUAAUGGUAUCCCCACUGAAUAUCGGGGACCAAGGCAAGCAGAGUUACUUGUUCGCUACCUGAAGAAGUUUGCUGCUUCUGAUGUUUCCAUCCUUGAUUCAGAUUCUGCUAUCAGUGACUUUGUUGAAGCAGCUGGCACCUUUUUCCCCAUAUAUAUUGGCUUUGGGCUGAACAAUUCGAUGAUUGAAAAGUUAGCCCAAAAAUAUAAGAAAAAUGCCUGGUUUUCUGUAGCAAAGGAUUUUUCGGAGGAUGUUAUGGUGGUGUACGAUUUUGAUAAGGUUCCUGCUUUGGUUUCUAUUAACCCAAGUUACAAUGAGCGGAGCACCUUUUAUGGUCCAUUUGAAGAGGAAUUUUUGGAAGAUUUUGUAAAACAAAACCUGAUCCCUUUGGCUGUUCCUGUAUCCCACGACACACUGAAGUUGAUGAGUUCUGAUGGGAGAAAAAUUGUUCUAACAAUUGUGGAGGAUGAAAAUGAAGAAAAAACAAAGGAACUGAUUAAGUUACUGAAGGCUGCUGCAUCUGCAAACCGUGAUUUAAUAUUUAGUUAUGUUGGGGUUGCACAGUUGGAGGAAUUUGCAGAGAAAUUUGACAUCAGUACUGAACUACCAAAGAUGGUCAUUUGGGAUGGAAGUGAUGAUUACCUUACUGUUGUUGGUUCUGAAAGCAUAAAUGGGGAGGAUCAAGCAACCCAGAUAACUAAAUUAAUAGAAGGAUACAGGGAAGGCAAAACAUUGCAGAAAAGAACUAGUGGCCCGUCACUGCUGAAAGUAUUCCAUAGAUCUUUCGACAUCAGAAUGGUUUACAUUUUUGUUUUUGUGGUGGCGGUAUUGAUGCUUAUUCAGACCUUAUACAAAGGAGACGAUGGUUAUGAGAGAGUACCGAAUCAAGACCAGGGUGAUCAUGCCAGAAGCUCUGUGUUGGAGGGUCAGAGCAGAGAGUAUAAACCUGGAGAUAAGCAGGAUUAAAUGAACACAUGUUGGCAUCUUUGUUAAAACUGACCAGGGACAUUUCGCAAUAUAGCUGUUGGCUCUGGAAUCAGCAUUCCCAUUGGGGAGCCUAAUUAUUAUGGAGAGGUUUUGCGUUUCCUUCAAGGGUAGUGUCAAAGUUCCCCAUUUUGAUAUGCGCGUGCUUCAUGGCGUCAAUAUGGCUUUUACUUGUACAAUUUUGUGAUAUGUUCUAGGGCUGUUCUUCCUUUAAAGGCAGACAUUUAUAAGACCUUGAAAACAGUUGCAAGGCCCUCACAUGCAUAUCUUAAGUUAUAUGACUGUAGAUCAUGUGGCAAUAAUUCAAGCACAAAUUUCUUUGAAAUCA